GGCUGUUCCCCCUCAUUUACCCACUUAUAAAGGUCACCUCAGUCAUGGAGACGUUGGUGCCCUCCAAUAUAUAUUCCUGCUGACUUUACCUCCAGUCUUUCUCUGCAGAUAACCUAGCAACUUCCCAGGACCUUUUCGCCAUUUGCAGCAGGCGCACGUCCCCCAGACAGAAAAAGUGUCCACGGUCUACGCGAUGAACUGAUCAAGUGGUCUGCGCCCAUCGCAGAUUUGAGCCCAUGUUUUCUUUUCUGGUUUGGUUCCCUCCUCAAGGAAUCUCCCGAUAUUCUCAAGGCAUACACGACGUGUUCAAAUUACCUGCGCAGAUACUACACUACAUGACCAGGCCACGCCGAAGCGGGAAACAGCAUACGGCGACCGCCCCAGCACCCCUUCCGCCUUGUUUGCUGCGAUCGCUUGAUUGGACUUUGGAUUUAAAGCAGGACCCAACGACGGGAAGCUGGGCGGGUGACCCCUUGCUUUGGCUGAUAUUCAUGCGUGGUUCUCUAAGACACAGAAUGAAAAGGAAGGAGAAAAAAACAUCAGAUGAACAGAAGAAGGAGGGGAAACAAUCAAAAGUAAAGUUACACCAUUCCGAGCCGCCACUGAGAA